AUGUCAAUCCCCCUUCAUCCCGCGCUGCGGACAGCCAUCUGGGCGGUCGCGGCACCUCUGGGCCUGUACUGCAUCUUCCUUGGCCUGGGCAUGACUCCUUUCUUUCAGAGACACUUUCUGUACGCUCACAAAAUCAACACCCUCCUGUGGACAGACGUCAACAAGCCGCAGCAAUGGGGUUUUGCUCGAAAUCAGGUGACUCCGUUUUCGCUCAAGACGCCAGAUGGGGAAUCCAUCUAUGCUUGGCACAUCCUUCCGUUGCCUCUAUACCUACAGAAUGAGGCUUCGAUAGAGUCGCAGAACCCAGGCUUCUCGGAAGACUUUACCAAGACCGAGUCGUUUCGCCUCCUCAAAGAAGAUCCCGAGUCACGAUUGGUGUUGUACUGUGAGUCGAUCUCCGCUGAUUCACUUGCACACACUGGACAGAAUGCUGGCCACAUUGCGCAAGCCAUCCGGCCUGAUAGCUACCAUUCUCUAACUGACACCUCGUCCUACCAUGUCAUUGCUAUUGACUAUCGAGGCUUUGGCCACUCCACCGGCGUUCCGUCCGAGGCAGGUGUCAUUCAAGAUGCUUCAACGCUUGUCGAAUGGGCCAUCAAUGUCGCGGGGAUUCCCUCCAGUCGCAUCCAGCUCCUGGGUCAAAGCUUAGGUACGGCAGUUGUCAGCGGCGUCGCUGAGAAGUAUGCUCUUCAGGGCGUCGAGUUUGCCGGCAUUACACUUGUUGCCGGGUUCAGCGAUCUGGCAAAUCUACUCGUGGGUUACCGCAUUGCCGGCAUCUUUCCCGUUCUCGCGCCCUUCCGUGUCUGGCCCUGGCUAGUGCGCUACCUUCACCGCUUCAUUGUCGACAAGUGGCAUUCCGCUGAUCGACUGGCCAACAUUGUUCGACACACAAAGACGAGGCUAAGGAUCAACUUGAUCCAUGCCAAGGAUGACCGAGAUAUUCCCUGGACUGAGGACAACAAACUGUUCCGAGCAGCAGCACAGGAGACAGUAGGAAUUCUCGACGAAGCCGAAUUCGAUGCUUGGAAAGAACAGCGGACCAUCAGAAAGGGAGAUGACGCAUUCGUAACGACCUGGAUGGCAGAGCCCAACAUCAUCAUCCGACAAGAACUCUUCCCACAUGGAGGUCACAACGACAUUAUGGGAUAUGCACCUGUCGCCCUCGGUAUUAUGAGGGCGUUUGAUCUACACGGAACGACUUACACUGAAGACUAG